CAUGACCCCUGGGUUCACGUGAGGGCGCAAGGUGGUGGUGACACGUGAGGUUGUGGUGGUGGUGGUGUGUUCACGGGAGGCGCGAGGUGACCCCCGGUGUCUUUGCGAUGCCACGUUUCCUCGCAGUGGACUGCUAUCACGUGGUUGGAACAGAAGAAAAAAGUUGUUUUAAUAGACUAAAAGUUUCAGUUCCGUACCUUGAAGGAUUACAAUUUAUUUCGAAAGACACAAGACAUGCGCACAUCACUUGUGGAACUCCAUGGACGCAAUGGAAACCGCUAUCACUGGAAAAUGAAGUCAUACACUGGGGAGGGCAAAAGAGCCACAGCAAUAUAGAAGAGUUCCUGUUCAAGGAGUGUAGCUCAAACCCGUUAUCUGAAGUGGACAUAAGAGAAAAAUACUUAUAUGAUUCUAAGGAACAUAUUUACAAACCAGGAGAAUAUUCAAUAACUGUUGGCCUCAAGUGGAGUAACUACACCGAAAUAGAAGAUUGUCUUCUUGAGGAAAUGUUGUCCAUCAGCGCUGUAAGAGUGGUGAUAAACAGCCACCUGAUCACACCGAAGCUCAUUGGAUGUCUUAAACCAAAUGCACUCAAUGAUCCAUUGCUUGGAUUCUUUGCAUCAUUUUACAGUGGAAAACAGUACAUCAGAGAGGAAUAUACAUUUCACGAGCUACUUGAUUAUAACAAGGCAGAGAAAUACACCCUUUAUAAUCCAAGCAGUGAAAAUAAUAUUAAACAUGUAUUUUCUCAUUUUGAGCUUGAAUACGCCCUAACAGUUACAAGAAAACCACUCCGUUAUAUCCAAAGUGAAAUACAAAUGUGUAAACCAUUACAAAAAACAUCAGUUCUGGCAGAAACAUCUCAGAACGUUAAUCAAGAUGUGUGUUUCAUCUUUAAGGGGAAAAACUCCUUUCAAUUGGAGAAAUUAUCCUUCAAUCCGACAUCUGAAAAUAUAAAGAAAUCCCCAAAUUAUGAUGGUCAUAAUUAUGAUGGUCAUAAUUUAGAUUUGAAUGCAGAAGACUUUUUGUCAGAAAGGUUUUAUCUUGAAAGACACAUUUUUCACUCAACAUGUUCAAAGGUGUCUUGCACUACAUCAUUUCAGAAUGAGAUUGCAAAUCUAAAUAUUGAACACAUCCCUGAAAAUAAUAGACACUUCGUGUCCAAAGAGAUAAAGAGUUCAAAGUUGAGAAGAUUUUGGGAAUCUGAAAUGCAAUUUCGUGAUAUCCACUAUUUAUUUCUUGCUGUUCCCAACGAUUUCUCCAGCAACGCUAAAAUGAAUCCAAUAGCUCUUGCUCUUAAACAGCUUAAGCCUCUUCAUGCACAAGUUUGUAGAAUUAAAGUAAUAAAUGUUGAAUAUGUGCAGCAGUUUUUGAUACACAAAGCUGUGUCAUUGCACACUGCACUGGUCCAUGGCACAAGUAUAUUUGGAGUCUUGGAAGAUAAUCGAGCUACUCACGUUGAGGUUGAAGUUCACAGAUCUUACACGACAGAAGAUUUUGAAGCCAUAAAACAUAGAGCUGAAAUGACCAAUGGACAAUAUUUAGAUCAAUCCAUGAAGCAAGCUAUGGAUUGUAAUAAUGACCAUGAAGAAUGCCUUGUGUCAAACUUUUGUAAUGCUGAGAGUUUGCAAAUAUGUGAAACAAAAGUUGUGCUGGCUGGUCAAUUUUCCAAUCAGAGUUCAACAAGUUGGUCUAAAUCAAACAACAAAAUAUCUACUCAAAUUAAAACUCAGAGAGUCCCUUUGAAAGAAAAUGUAAAAGAAUUACCAAUGCAAGCGCCACUCUUUAGUGAUACAAAUACGAACUCUCUGCACGAGUAUUUAAUAUUACAAUACAGAAAUGAAUCCAUAGAAACGCCAUCUAAGCCAUGUUCAGCAGUAAUUGCAAGAUCUGUAAAUUUACCAUCUAUUAAAAACGUGCAAGUGAAUUACAAAGAAAACAAGGCAUGUGACCUCUCCAUUGUUACUAAUCCAGAGGCGGCAGAAAAUGCUGUACCUAAACCUACCCACUGUAAGAAAGAAAAAUCUACAGUUGUUGAUGUUCUGCUUUCAGAUGCCAUGUGUAAUUGUAUAAGAAUCUUAGAGCUGUCUGCUAAAACAAGCAUGGAAAUGUUAAGACGUAAUAUGAACUCAUUUAUGAGCACUGGGAGUUUCGUGCAGCUUACACCGGACAUGAUGCAAUAUAUGGUGAAGAUAAUUGAAAGGUCCAUCCGCGAUGAGAAAGAAGGUGGUAAGGUGGAGCAUGGUGCAGAAAACUAUAGAGAAAUGCAUAUACAUGCAGUGAUCCUCCAUGCGUUGGUAAGAGCAGUGGAUUUAAUAGUCAACCAGGAUCUUUCAGUCGCAAUAGCAUUUCUUUCUGAGAAAAAAGAUGCUGAUGUGGAGCUGCAACAAAUAUGGAGACAAUUGACUACCGUGCAAUUUGCAUUUAAAGAAAACCAUGAAGCUCACUCAAAGCAUGAAAAAUUAAAAAGUCUGAUAUCAGAUUGGCUGACAAGGAAGAAACGGAAAAGGAAUGACAAUGACCCAAAGAUCAUGAUUAUUGUGAAACGGCAUGUUAAAAUUCUUUACCCAGCUAUUGCACAAAGCCUGAAUGGGAUUAAAGGUUUUAAAGUAAAGUACAUCUCUCCAAAAGAUGAGUCAUUUGGAUAUAACGAAAUUCUGAAAAACCUGGACAAUGCAUCAUGCAUAAUAAUAGGCAGCAAAGAUCUUGCAGAAGAUUUUCCAUGGGCACAGAUUUCAUUGGUGAUUGAAUUUGAGUUCUCAGCUACUUCUCUGUGGGCAGAUGUUUGCAAGAGGCAGUUUAUACGAUACGUUUCUCUCAGAACGGUGCUGCCUGCUUGUUGGGAAGAAGAAGCAAGGCCAAGUGUGUCAUUGUUGGCUUCUCUGCAUGUUCCUUACAAACUAAUCAUGUCUCAGAAGCUGACAGGCAUCAAGGAUUCCUCGAGGUUGCUGGAAUCGCGGAACAGUGUAACAAUAAUGGAAAGAAAUUACAAUGAAUUGACAAUUCAGACUUCCGAAGGAACACAUCCUAUAUUUUAUGCUGAUUUAAUUAUUGAUGAAGGCACAGCUAUAGUCCUAAAGAAUCUAGAAUGUUUACACGAAGAAGGUGCUACAGACUACAUAAUUUCCCAGCUGGCAGCACUGUCUCUGCAAUUCCAAAAAUGCUGGCUCAUUCUUUAUUUAUCCUCGUCCGAUUAUAACAUGACGUAUUCACAUUCUGCAGAAGUUAUUCAUGGUCUAUCUUUUCUAAAAGCAACUUCAGCAAUAUACAGUGUGAAGAAUGACGACUAUGAAAUAAAGAUUCUUCAAACUGGAAGCAUUCAAGAAACAGUAGAAGCAAUACGGGCGAUUGGGGAUGUGACACUCUUCAGCAGCAAGGGUUGGGACCUUGACCACUGUAUUGUGAGGCCUUUUUUGAAGCCCUUGGUUUCAAAGGAGGAGCAAUUUUUGCUCGGAUUUCCUUGUAUUAAUGCAUUCGUAGCACAACUGAUGUUACACAAAUUAGAUUCACUCCAGCAAAUCCUGUCAUUGUCACUGCCAACAUUAUGCAACCUUUUGCCCCAAGUGCCAACAAAGGUCUUGAAGCUUUUCAAUGAAAUAUGUAUGAGGUAUCAGCCAGUCAAAAGAAUGGAACAAGAUGAUGACUUUAUGCAUUUAAACUCACCUCCAUUUGAAACCUCCGAAUACCAGAUCAAGUCAAGUUUUCACCACACUCAUCAAGGGGAAGACACAUUUUUAUUUGGGCCUGUUUUAAUGUCAGAUUCAUGCUUGGACAUAAAGGAUGAUGCACAAAAACAGAAACAACUAUUUUAUGUACGAGUGCCUGGCCGCAAAGAUGGACAAACCCGACUUGCUUUUAUCUAAACGAUGUCGCGUAAAUUCACACUUUGGAGUUCCCUGCUCAUUGUCACUUGUAAUCAUUAUGUUUCCCAGGUGAAGCAGAUGAUGAAUAACAUCCAUUGUACUCAACGAUGAUAAUUAAUUUCACAAGAAUGGGGUGAGGUAAUAGAGUUUAUGUAAGUACAGUUUAGUAAAAGACGGUGAUUUGCUGCUCAAAUGAGCCUUGCGUCGGUUGCCAUCUCUUGUUUACACCCUUGAGCCAGUGGGGUAGUACUAGUGGUAGUAAUUACACAUUCCUAUGGCAAGGUCAAAGGUAUAAUUUACUAAACUUACAUUAUGUACGUGUUAUGGACAGAAAUGCAGACCACUGGCUGCAAUGUUUGAUUUAUUUGGACCACUCACAAUGGAGAAAACACCUUUUGUCGAAAUUUAGCAAUCAUCACACCAGUUAGGAAAUAUACCAAUUGUACUCCCUUUGUUGUCGUCACUAAAUGAGUACUGUAUAUGGGAUCUGAUGAAACAGUUCUAAGAUUAGGUAUUUUAUUUUGACAUUCGCAUUACACUGACCAAGUAGUGACUGCUAUCCUCUCAUCUCCCCUUGCAAGGAUCUACUUUCCAUCGGUCCUCUUUGAUGAUACUCUGUAGUGUCACUUCCAGUUUUGAGGUGGCUCAGCUGCAGAGCGAGUGACUCGCAUCGGAUAGUUGUGAGUUCAAAUCUUGGAUGGCCGUUGAUUUGACCUAUAAUGCCUCCCUCUGAAGUCGACAAAAUAGGUACCACUUUGCGGGGAUGUUAACGUUGUCUAUUAAACCGACUCGCCCACCCUCCCCUCCC